AUGGAUCAUUUUGCAUUGGCAAAGGAGGACUUUGAGUACAAGAUACCUUAUAUACUCUCUGCGUUGAAUCUCACAAAUAGAAAUCUUCGCUUAUUUGCUUCUCCAUGGAGUGCGCCAGGUUGGAUGAAAAGGAAUGGUCGAAUGAAGGGAGGAGGACCUAUGAAAGGAAAUGUUAAUGGACAGUAUUAUCAAGCAUUUUCUAAAUAUUUUGUGAAAUUUUUUGAAGAAUACUUGAAGAAUGGAGUAAAAUUCUGGGGUCUAACCAUAGAAAAUGAACCCAUUGUUGGUGGUAUACCGCAUUUCCCAUGGCAAUCAAUGUAUUUUUCGGCUGAAAUGCAGAGGGAUUACUUAAAAGGCAGCCUUGGCCCUACGCUAAAAGCAAACAAGGUUACGAAAGAUUUAAAAAUAAUGAUUUACGACGAUAGUAGGACAUUACUACCUAAUUGGGUAUACACGGUCUACAAUGAUAAACAAGCGAGUAGCUAUGCGGAUGGAAUGGGCGUACAUUGGUAUGUGCAUGCUAUACCACCCAGUGUUCUUUCUUCUAUCUAUCAGCGACAUCCAGAUAAAUUUAUAUUAGCCACAGAGGCAUGCACAGGAGCUCUUGUCCACCGUGGCCCAAUCUUGGGCGACUGGCAUCGUGCCGAAGAGUAUGCUGAAGAUAUUAUUGAGGAUCUCAACCACUACGUAGCGGGAUGGACAGAUUGGAAUUUGUGUCUCGACGAAAAAGGAGGCCCGAACUGGGUGUCAAACUUUGUCGACUCUCCAGUAAUAGUAAAUGCGAAAGCUGACGAGUUCUAUAAGCAGCCAAUGUUCUAUGCGAUGGGACAUUUUAGCAAAUUCAUAAAGGCGGAUGCCUUGCGCGUAGCCACGAACGUUAAAGGAAGCUUAGAUGUCCACGCUACUGCUACAGUACAUCAAGGUCGCAGAACUCUGGUCAUGAUGAAUAAGUGUGACUUGCGGCGUCCUGUCGCUAUCGACGAUCUGGAAAUCGGACGGCAAAUUGUCCUCAAUGUGGAACCUCGAUCAAUCUUCACUAUAAUUUGGGAUAAAUAA